AUGUCUAUCGGCGUAGCUAUCAUCGGAAGCGGCAUCUUCGCCAAAGAAGAACACUUGCCCGCCAUUCAAGACACCCCGUCAUUGAGCCUAAAAGCAGUCUACUCGCGAUCACUCAAAUCGGCAAAAGCUCUAUCUGAGAAGCUGUCCGACGUCGAACUCUACAGCGACGACCAGGAUGGCAAGAAGUUCGAAGACCUACUGAAAAGGGAUGAUGUGAAGGGCGUAGUCAUUGCACUACCGAUCCUCGCGCAACCUGACUACAUCAAGAAAGCGCUCGCAGCUGGCAAACAUGUUUUUGCGGAGAAGCCCAUCGCGAAAGAUCUAGCGACCGCACGCGAACUGCUCUCAUGGACACAAGACUCCUCCAACACCUCUGCAGUCUACACCGUAGCCGAGAACUUCCGCUUCAUCGACUCCUACGUUUGGGGUUCCGAGCAAGUUGCCUCCCUGGGCCGCGUUCUUACUUUCCGUGUACGUGUUGCUGCCAUGGUGUCGGCAGGCAGCAAGUACUACGAGACGGAAUGGCGCAAGAAGCCGGAUCACCAGGGCGGCUUCGUGCUUGACGGCGGCGUGCACUUCGUAGCGGCGACGCGUCUUCUGCUACAAGGUGGCGGCCGAAAGAUCAAGAAGGUCAGCGCAUUCACUGCACAGCUUCAGGAGCACCUUCCGCCUGUCGACACACUCAACGCCACCAUGCAGCUGGACAACGAUGCUUCUGGUACUCUGUCCAUUUGCUUUGGUACCACCGACACUGGCUCUGAGUACCUCGUUGCGUGUGAGAAGGGCUCAGUACACGUCGCGCGCGGCAAGGUCACCAUCACCAAGGAUGGCAAAGACCCAGAGACAAAGGAGUUUCCAGAUGAGGGCAACGGCGUGAACCAGGAGAUUAAGGCUUGGGCAAAGAGUCUAGAGCAAGGAAAGAGGAACGAGAUGCAGAGCCCUGAGGAGGCGUUGAAAGAUCUGGAGAUCUUAGAGAGUUGUUUGAAGAGUGGAGAGCAGGGCGGUAAGCCAAUUGACGUCAAGCAGUAG